GGCUAGUCUGGGUUACUACCAGCCUUUUGCUUCAGCAGCCUCAUUUUGUGAUGUGUGGAGGUGGAAGUAUUGGGGAGGAGUUAAGGCACGGUAAGUGGCAAGUCUAGUUUGCCUUCCUUGACCACCUGCUUUUUUAGCUGUUGGAUGGUUGCUAGCCCUGCUCCUUUUCCUUUCUACUCAUGAUAGAAUUGCUGUUGCCAAAGUGAGUUGGCUGGGUGUUUAUUAGGGGCUGGAUUCUCAGGAUAUAAAUGGGCCCAUUUCUCCCCACCACCACCACCCAAAAAUAGAGUUACGUUCUUUGAUACUUCAGCCUACACUUGGACUUAGGAGCUGUAGUGGUUGAAGGCAUCUGUUUGGGAACCCCAUAGACGAAGUCUGUGUCUCCUGCUUUGUUGUUGUUGUUGUUUGGAUGGGUGCCAGCCUUUGGCUCCUGUCAGGGCUGGGCUGGGCUACUCGGCACACAAUUUACAUUCCAAGACCUGGGUGUCAAGUAAACAGACAGCUCACUCUUUAAAAGAAGAAAUGAGCUGUAGGCGCAUGUGUAGCUUCCUGUCAUACUCUUGCGAAAGUAGACGGUUUCCCUUGAGCCUUAGCAUUGCAAGCAGAAUCUCCAAAGGAGGGAAGCGGCACUUCAGGCAGCUCCCAUUUGCCGCAGGGUUCACAUUUGUAAACAAAGCAGGAGGGCCCCCCAGAAGAGACAUUGGCUUCUUACACCCACCAUGAUCCUGGACAGAACCAUUUCAGUCUGCAUCAUCUUCCUCCUUGGGGUCAUCCAGUGCCUGAGAGGGUAUAACUGGGAGCAGACAAUGGCCAGCUCUGUUUUCCAGCAGGAGCCAUUUGUGGUGGUGUGGAACUUGCCCACAGCCAAGUGUCGAGAUCAUUUUGGGAUCACCUUGCCUCUGGAAGCCUAUGGCAUUGUGGAGAACAGACAAUGCUUUUCGUGCCAAGACAUAACCAUUUUUUACAAGAACAAGUUUGGGCUCUAUCCCUACAUCUCCCCAGAUGGCAAAUGGCACAAUGGAGGGGUACCUCAGAACGUCGAUCUGAAGAAGCACCUGGAGACUGUCUCGAGAGAUAUUUUUGAAAUCCUGAAGCCUGAUUUCCAGGGACUGGCCGGUGACUGGGAGGAGUGGCGGCCUCUCUGGAGGCGGAACUGGGGCCCCAAGAACGUGUAUAGGGCGGCCUCUAAAAAAUUGGCACGGAACAGAAGGCCUGAUGAACCCCUCACGGAACCAUCCUAUGUUGCGGAGAUAGAGUUUGAACAGGCAGCUCCCUUCAUGGAGAGAACUCUACAAAUGGGGAAGUCUCUGAGGCCACAGGGAUUCUGGGGCUUCUAUGGGUUCCCUGACUGCUUCAAUUACAACUGGGAGAACGAAGAGAACUACACCGGUCAUUGCAACCCCAUAGAGGUCCAGUGGAAUGAUCAUCUCAUGUGGCUCUGGAAGGUUUCAUCUGCCCUCUAUCCCAGUAUCUACCUCCCACCAAAGCUCCCAACAUAUUACCACCAGCGUUAUGUUCACCACCGCCUCAAAGAAGCAUUUCGCGUGGCACAGUUUGGCGUGAAGCAUCCUCUCCCUGUGGUCGCAUAUUCCAGAGUCACCUACAGACAUUCUUCACUGUACCUGACUGAGGCUGACCUGGUGUAUACAUUAGAGAGUGCAGCACUUGGGACCGCUGGGGUUGUGCUCUGGGGUGACCUCUCCUAUUCCCAGUCACCGGAGAGCUGCAGGAGCCUCAAGCAUUACAUCACCACGACGCUGGGCCCAUACAUCGUCAACGUAACCACGGCAGCACGCAUGUGCAGCCGUGAGCUGUGCCACGGUGGACGUUGCAUGAGACGGGACCCCAGCGACCUGGAAGCCUUCCUCCACCUGGACCCACAGCAGUGGGAAGAGGAGGUCUCAAUGACAGAUUUUCCAUAUCAAGACAUGUCCACAUGGGAACAAUAGUGUCACUGCUACCCUCAGUGGACUGGAGCCUCGUGUGAGAAGCCGCUGUGGCUGGAGCCGUCCAAGGACCGGAGUGGUAGUCGAGCUGAACAGUAUAACAAUGUAUUUCAUGCAGGGUACGUCAGCAAUGUUGUUGUGAAGUCAAACAUCUGUCCCUCCUUCCCUUUACGAUGAAAAGGGACGGAAUUCCAAUAACACAUCUUUGCAGAUCCAGCACUUUACUCCAAGGGCAGUAUUGAUGAUAUCUGUUCUAGACA